AUGGCGGAUAUUCGUUUCUCAGAAUCCGUGCCGGAAGAUGUUGGAAAAGAUCCAAUCGGAUCCGACAUCUUCCGACCGAUGAAUCUGAUUUUGCUGGAUAUAUUUGACUAUAUGUCUUAUCCAUUUCUUGAAAUAUUAUUCGAUAAAAAUAAAGAUCAAAUCGAUUCCAAAGACGAUGCACUGAUUCUGUUUAUCCAUUGGUGUUUAGUUUCUCGUGGGUUUCAGCGUUUGAAUGGAAAUCAAAAAACGGAACUACUUCCAUCAGAUUGGACAAAUCAUCCAGAUAAUUCAAUUACAAUGGAAUAUACAAAAAAUGAUACUGGAUACAAUUUAAAAUUAUUCGAUGUUGAAGGGGUUUUCUUUGCACAUUUAUUCCGCAAUAAACAAGGUCGUCAUGUUGAAGUUAGUUUUAGUGUGAAUGAUCAUGUACACGAUAAUUAUAAGGAAUUUCAUUCUGCCUAUAAGAAUUUAAAUGAUUUAAAAAAAGAAUUUCAUGAAAAAAUUGAUUCGUUGACAAACGGUGGCGGCGCUGGUACAACAGACUCAAGUGUCGAUUUAAAAACAACGCAAGCAGGCGGAUCUCAACAACAACAGCAGGGAUUAUCGUCAACAAAUCAAGGUGGAAGGUAUGGCGGACAUCAACCACAACGACAACAGCCAGAUAUUGUUGAUCCAUUGAUUGAUCCACUUGCAGCCAGAAGAUAUGUGCCCAAUUCUCAUAUAUUCGGUGGACCGUGGCCUGGAGGAAUGGGUGGUGCAUAUGGGAAUUCAGAUUUGGAUCCAUUUGGACGUUCAAGUAGAAUGGGAGGAGGAAUGCUCAUAGAUCCAAGAAUAUUUCAACCAGGAUUAAUGGGUGGUCCGCGACCGCCUACUGCUCGUUAUACUCCACCCGGUCCAAUGGCUCCAGAUCCAUUCCAAGAGCCAAAUCUCGAUCAUUUACGUCCUUCUCAUCAUGGUUCAGAUGAUAUGUACAAUUAG